UAUUUAUCACUGAUUCUGCUGCAGCUAAGAAAAAGCACUACAGCGUCCGAGACCCCAUCUAGAGCAACCACCAAAGCCCGCGCAGCGGCUUUUACCUUCCUCCACAUGAACCACCUACGACAACACUGCUUCUCAAGAAGUAAAAAAAAGAAGAAGAAGAAUAGCAUGUUCCUCCACCUGGCAGGAAACGCCAACCCUCUUGGAGAUACGCAACAAAAGAAAAAAGAGAAAUAA